CUGACCUCUCAUUUUUACUCUGAAGAGCACCUCUGGGUGACUUGGGACCCGACGUCUGGGAUGGGGUCUCUCACCUGUCCUAGGUCACAGGCAGCUGAUCUGGAAGUGGGCUCCUGCUGCUGAUGCCUCAGGGGGCUGGGCACUGAGCCCAUCAUCUCCAUCCUGGAGUGGGCCCCCAGCCGCCAUGCACCAGAACUAUACUAUCCACUUUGCCAAGGGCACCCUGCCCCACCAGAACCCCACCGAGAGCUACUUCCUGGACCCAGAGUUGGGGCACCAAAAAGAUAUUCUGACAGAGGAUGAUGUCUACUGCAGCUGCCUGGCCAAGACCCUCUGCCAUGUGCCUGUGCCUGUGACUGUGGGUUUCUACGCCCCCUUUGGCUGCCGCCUGCACCUGAUGCUGGACAAGAUCACGGCGCUGAUGGAGCAGGAGGCGACGCAGCGCGAGGCCGAGGUGCUGCAGCGCGUGCAGUGGCAGCCGAGGGCGGUGCGCGGCUGGGGCUUACCGCAGCUGCUGUGGUACCUGGUGUUCCUGCAGCCGGUCAUCACCGAGGUGCACCUGCGGCGCAGGAACGUGAAGUUCCUCUUCAUCCGCUUCAGCGCCUGGCAGUACGAGGGCUCGGACAAGCUGUGGGCCGGCCUGGUGACCACGCUGUGCGAGGGCAUCCGCCACCACUACGGCGCGCUGCCCUUCAGCGUAUACUCGGUGCUGGGCAACAAGCCGGCCACGUCGACCGGCUUCCGCCAGCGCGAAUGGCACUGCCGGCGCCGCGUGUGCCUGGCGCUGGUGGCGCUGCUGGCGGCGCUGGGCCUCGGCGUGGCGCUGCUCUACCUGUCGCUGGGCGCCCACGCGCUGAGCCACAGUGGCGCCAACAACAGCGUGCUGCGGGUGUUCGGUGGCGCGGCCACCACGCUUUCGGGCUCGGGCCUGCUCAUGGCUGUGUACUCGGUGGGCAAGCACCUGUUCGUGAGCCAGCGCAAGAAGAUAGAGCGGCUAGUGUCGCAAGAGAAAUUCGGCAGCCAGCUGGGUUUCAUGUGCGAGGUGAAGAAGGAGGUGGAGCUGCUCACCGACUUCCUGUGCUUCCUGGAGAUCUACCAGCGGCGCCGGCUGCGCGUGGUGCUCGAGGUCACCGGGCUGGACACGUGCUACUCCGAGCACGUGGUGGGCGUGCUCAACGCCAUCAACACACUACUGUCUGACAGCCACGCACCCUUCAUCUUCAUCCUGGUGGUGGACCCCAGCAUUCUGGCCGCGUGCCUCGAAUGCGCCGGCUCCAUGAAGGGCAUGGCCGACAACGGCUACCUCUUCCUCAACCGCACGGUCACGCUGCCCUUCUCCGUGCCCAUCAUGGGCCGCCGCACCAAGCUGCAGUUCCUGCAAGACGCCGUGCAGAGCCGCGACGACCUGCUGUACAGGGAGAUGACGCGCCAGCUGCAGCCGCCGAGCCCGGGCGCUGACGAGGGCUCGCAGCUGCUGGCGGUGGAGAUGCAGGCGGGGGCCGAGCGCACGCAGAGCCGUAUCGACGCCGAGGCGGCCCGCCGCAUCCAGGAGGCGCUCUUCUGCCUGCACGACGAGCGCGACUGCCUCUACGAGUACGUGCCCGACAACGUGGUGUCCAUGCGGCGCAUCGUCAACACCGUGCCCAUCACCUUGCGCCUGCUGCAACAGCAGCAGCGGGACUUCGAGGGCCCCACGCCGCGCCAGGCCGUGGCCUGGGUCGUGCUCGCCAACCAGUGGCCCUGCCGCCUCAGCUGGGCGCUGCAGUGCCUGGAGGACCGGCAGCAGUCCGGGGGCGCGCCAGAGGCCCGCGCGCGCCUCUGGGAUGUGUUCCGAGACAACAGCCAGGAGCUGCACACCAAUACCAAGGCGCUGCAGAACGUGCUCGACCUGGACGGUGACCCCGAGCUCUUCCAGCGCUUCCUGAGCGCCGACUUCCCCUUCACCGUGGCUGAGGCGCAGAACCUGCUGCGCUGCACGGUCAACCUGGACCAUUCCAUCCGCCGCCGCAUGGGCCUCAUCCGGGCGGUCAGAGCGCUCAAGCCGCCCAGCCCGCCCAAGUCCCCAGCGCGCGAUGUCCGCCGCACUGCCAAUGGAACCAACCACGCCCCCGGGCCGGCCCACGCUGCCAAUGGAGCCAACCACGCCCAGGGGGCGGCCCACGCUGCCAAUGGAGCCAACCACGCCCCCGGGGCGGCCCGCAACGCCGACGGGGCCAACCAGGCUCCCCAGGCUGCCCACUCUGCCAGCGCCAGCGGAGCCAACCAGGCCCCCCGGGCUGCCCACUCUGCCAGCGCCAGCGGAGCCAACCAGGCCCCCCGGGCUGCCCACUCUGCCAGCGCCAGCGGAGCCAACCAGGCUGCUGGUACGGCCCGGUCAGGCCACCCAGCGGCGGGACACAACUCUGCUCAGGCCAACGAAGUACCCCGUCCCCGAGACUUGACACAGAGGAGUAAGCCGAGACCCGUGGCUUGA